AUGACUCCGACGAGUCCGCCAAUGACCACCGCUUCUGCUUCGUCAAGUAGUGUGACAUCUAUAACUCCCACAAGCAGUCCCAGCCUUCUUUCUACCCCCGAGCAAACGUCCCCCUCUGGCCCAGAGACCACAAAGCACUCCAGCUCUUCCCGAGAGAGCUCCUCAAUUAGUAGUAGUACUACAAAAACGACUACUCAGCUUCCAACGACCAAGGAAUACUUAACUACUUCUGCACAAACCUCCACGUUGGAAACCACUACAACUCCAACAGCCACUUCUCCCCCAGAGACCACAAUCACCUCCAGCUCUAUAAAGACUACUACCUCUUCAGAAAUCACUACUCCACAUCCUAUCACCACAAAACACUUAACUAUUUCUCCAGAGGCCACCACACCUGUAUCCGUCACGUCAGAAGCAGCCAGCUCUCCAAUGAGUUCAGUGCCUUCUACGGCAUCAGCAAAGGCCAAAGUAACUUUUUCCAUUUCGAAAACCACAACACCAACUCCAGAGGGCACAGUGUCCUCUGCAGGUUUUUCAGGGACUAGCAUGACUCUGACGAGUCCGCCAAUGACCACCGCUUCUGCUUCGUCAAGUAGUGUGACAUCUAUAACUCCAACAAGCAGUUCCAGCCUUUUUUCUACCACCGAGCAAAUGUCCACCUCUGGCCCAGGAACCACAAU